UUGUGUGUGGGGGAGAGCGGGGGAGUUGUUUUACCACCAUUUUUGCCCUCACUAUUCUAUCUCGACGAUUGGACAGCGAGCUUGAGCAAAUUCCCGACAUCAUUACUCGCCAAAAAGAAGAAGAGGACGACGAGGUGGCGUGUGAGGAAGAGUCUGAGGAUGCAGGAAGGGUUCAAGCAACACCCGACAGGCAGAUGGACGACCUAGCUCUCAGACGGGCGCAAACUAAACCGCGCCCCCUCCAGCGGGAAGGACCAAUAAGCUUGACGUCGACCACCAUGAGCCAGGCCGACGUACAGAAGUGGGAGAGGCUCAGGAUGAGUGAACCCAGCGAGCCUGGCCCCGUCCCCGUUUGUCAGGCUUGUCGGGUGAAAACAGACGCCAGUGGCGGACGGGGUCGCGGCAAGUCGGUGAGGUUCGGGGGCGUGACCGAGAUGGGGAGUCCAAUAGACGCGCCCGAGUCGGGGUUGCUAGGACGACUCCUCUCCCGGGCGACGGUCGCCAUGCCGACCAUUGGACUGGGCUCCCUGCUCUCAGAGCGGGAAGGCAGUCUCACAGAUGGAGGACAACCCAGUCAAGAUUCCUCCAAUUUGUCACCUGGCUCUCCAAAGACUCCUUGCUCUCCAGUCGAGCUGGACGCUCGUCAUGCUCAGUAUGAAAGCAGUUUGAAGGAGGAGAAAGAGGAGGAGGAGGGGGAAGAAGAGGAGAGGAUACCCGAUAUUCAGAAAGAUGACAUGAUGGCAAGGCGAACGGGAGUUUUCCAUCAGCAAAGCGCAACUUCGGCAUCUUACAACCGCUUCCUGCCUUUGCCUGCCUCAAAAUACAAGGGCCAGGUUGCUGGUCCAGCCACUAAGGAAGUGAACAGGAGCAAGAAUAUCAGAGCGGAAGAAGGGAAAGUUCCCGUUGAAUGUGACCCAUGUUCUCAAAUUGAGAGAGAACAUGUUGAUGAUGAUGAUAAUGCAAAGGGGCCUCUUUCCAACCCGGAAAAGGAUGACAUGAUGGCUUGCAGGGCGGGAUGGCUCCAAAAAGCCAAUCCAACCUUCAGGCAGUUUCUACCAGUGCCGGGUGCGCUUAAAAACAACACCAUCCAAAGUUGUGGGAGCAAGCAGGCACCCAAGUGUGUGGGAAAGGUGACGGGCGAAAGGUACCUUUCCCCGGUUUGCUGUUGGAGCUUGUGUCAAAGUGACUAACAAAGUAUCGAGGAGAUGACUUGGACUCGCAUGCAAUCAAGCUGUCUUAUAAAGUCCGGCUUUACAAAGAAAAUUAUUAGAUGGCUUUGGUGUACCAAAUGUGGUAUCCACCGAGUGUGACGUUGCCGUGGUUUGGCACUAGCAUGUUUGUCU